AUGGACGAUCGAUCGCAGCGCAUCAGCAGAGAAAAGGCGGCGCAACUCCUCUUACGGAACGCCGAGCGCGAGCCCAUUCGUCAAGAGGCAAAGCUAUAUCGCGACAGAUGGACUGGACUGCUCAACUACGAACGCACGCAGGAGCUUGCUGCCAUCGCAGAGAGGCGCAAAGCACCCAUCGACAAGCUCGUCGAGGAGGGUAUCGCAAUCGAUGGGCUGCAGGCGUAUUGGCAGGACGACAGCAAGCGUCAUUUUGGCAAGCGAGUCGCCGUCUUCAAGCUCGAUGCUGCCGAGCCACUGCCGCGUACGUUGUUCCGCGCCGGAGACAAGGUCACCAUCAUGCCUUCGACGGCUUCUUCCAUGACCAGCAUGGACCCCGCAUCGCUUUUGGAAGAUGAGUUUGUGAUCGAGGCCGAGGUCGUCGAGCGACAGCGUACGUUCCUGCGUCUCAAGUUCGACGAGAACGACGAAGACGUCGAUCUGGUCUCGUGCCCGUCGUGGCGUCUCGAUUACGGCUUCAACGAUCUCACCUUCGAGCGCAUCAAGGCAGCGCUCGAGGCUUUGGAGCAUGACGUCGAGCACAUCGAGACCCACUACGGCUCUCGGUAUCAGUACAUCUUGUCCGGCACUCGUUUGAGCGACGUCAUCCUCGGCAUUGACCCUCCCGUCGACCGCGUCACUCGAGGUGCCUUCUGGGAGGACGCCCGCGUUCAAAGUUGGUACGACCGAUUCGCUCGUCAAGACCCCAUCGUGAUGGACGGCGAUCCUCUGCCCGAGCUCAAUCGCUCGCAGACGCAGGCAGUAGCCAUGAUGCUACGAGAGCGCAUCUCCCUCAUUCAAGGACCUCCUGGUACUGGCAAGACUCGCACCAUUGUGACGGCCAUCAAGUUGCUCAAGCAGGACUUUAAGGUGCCUCACCCCAUCAUGCUCGCCGCGCACACCAAUGUCGCCGUCGAUAAUCUGGCGGAUGGAUGCAUCAAAGCAGGCCUCCGUGUUGUUCGCAUCGGGCCGUCAGCUCGUGCAAGGGCGGGCAUCGAUCAGUACACGCUCGACGCCUACUUUUUGCGUCAUCCAGCCAAGGCGCGCCUGGAUCAAAUCAAAAGGCAGCUCGACACUCUCGAGAGGCUCAAAAGCGAAUACGAGUUCGGGCGCAUGGGCAGCUCCAGCACGAGUACCGCGUCCGAGAUUGCAGACCAGCUUGAACAGGGCGAGGCCGCGAUCGCGCAGGUCGUAACGCAGAGUUGGGAAGACGUCAUGGCCGAGCAAGAAGAGCAGCGCGAAGGUGGCGCUGCCUCGGAAGAGUACGAGGCCAUCAAGAAGCAGCUCAAUCGCCUCAAGGCCACCUACUACUUCCUCCGUGCCUCCAUCCGCGGCGAGAUCCUCAACAGUGCCGAUGUGAUCUGUGGUUCAGCCAUCGCAGCUGGCUCGCCGGAGCUCGACAUGAUCGAUCUUCCGGUUGUAUUCUUCGACGAAGCAUCCAUGGCUACGGAACCUGUGUCGCUUGUUCCGCUCAUGAAGGGAUGUCGACAUCUUUCCAUCAUCGGCGAUCACAAGCAGCUUCCUCCUGUGGUGACUAGUGUCGAGGCUAGGCAGGGCGGCCUCUCGCGCAGUCUAUUCGAGCGCCUCAUCGAGAGCGGCAACAGCAUCCCAUCGACCAUGCUCAACGUGCAAUUUCGCAUGCACCCGAGCCUGGCGGAGUUCCCGAACAAGACAUUCUACGACGGUGCCCUGGAGAACGGCAAUGGCACCGAGUCGAUCGCCCCAGUCGCCUCGAGCUACUGGCCUCGCAGCCCCGAUGCCGACAAGGUAGACGCACAACGUCUCUGCUUCGUCAACCACACAGGUCGCGAGAUGAAAGCGGAGAACUCUACCUCGCUCUGCAACGUGUCGGAAGCGCGCAUCGUUGUCGACGUCGUCACCGACCUUCUGCGACAGAAUUUAGACCUGACCGGGGACGACAUUGGCAUCGUGACACCGUACGCGGGGCAGCAGAUCCUGCUAGAAAAGAUGCUGCAUAACGAAGCGUCCGAUGCACGCAAGCAGGCUGCCGGCAUCCUCCAGACCCGGUCUUCCCAGCUUGGCAGCGUCGACAUCCACACCGUUGACGGUUUCGAGGGGCGCGAGAAGAAGGUCAUCCUCUUUUCGACCGUGCGGACCAACCCUCAAGGCUACGUGGGCUUCCUGGCUGACGGUAGACGACUUAAUGUCGCCCUCACUCGAGCUCAAAGCGCACUGUUCCUGAUCGGCAACAUCGAGACGUUCAAAAAGGCCCAGCUCAGUCAAGCUGCGUACGGGCGGGUGGAGAGUCCGAACCUCGAAGUGCUUCAUAGCUACGCUGCUUAUCUCGAACAGCGAGGUGCCGUGUUCAAUCUUGACAGAGGCGAUCUGCACGAGGAGGCGGAGAAUGUGGAGGAAGACGAAGUGGUCGACAGCGAUGCGGACGUCAGAGGGAUUGACCCGGAUGCAGCGGAUUGGCAGCACAUGCUUGCUGAGCGCGACACUGCCUAG